AUGAGCUGUUCACUGGCCCACCUCUGCCUGCUAACCCUGCUGUCGCCACCCCUCAGCUCAGCAGCCUCCAUCUCCCCGGCUGAGCCCAUCAGUCAAGCCUAUAGCCUGGCCCUCUACAUGCAGAAGAACACCUCAGCGCUGCUGCGGACUUACCUCCAGUACCAGGGCAGCCCCUUUAGUGACCCUGAGCUCCAGCUCAGCAGCCUGCCUCCUGCCACCGCCUUCUUUAAGACCUGGCACGCCCUGGAUGACGGGGAACGGCUGAGCCUUCCCCAGAGGGCCUUCCUGGCAUUGACCCAGCACCUCCAGCUCGUGGAGGACGACCAGAGCGACCUGAACCCUGGCAGUCCCAUCCUGCUGGCUCAGCUUGGGGCUGCGAGACUCAGGGCCCAAGGCCUGCUGGGCAAUAUGGCCGCCAUCAUGACGGCCCUGGGGCUGCCAAUCCCCCCAGAAGAGGAUACUCUAGGGCUUGCUGCCUUUGGGGCCUCGGCCUUUGAGAGGAAAUGUCGAGGCUACGUGGUGACCCAGGAAUAUGGCCACUGGACAGACCGAGCUGUGAGAGACUUGGCUCUGCUCAAGGCUAAGUACUCAGCAUAG